ACACGUCAGCAGACAUCAUCUUAUGGUUCCUGUGGUCACAGUGGGUGUUUCUGUGCACCAGGAAUUCCAGGCAUCCCAGGAAGCCCUGGACCCGCGGGAACAGUAGGUGUUGCGGGAUCACCCGGUAAUCAUGGACCUGAAGGACCCAUGGGCCCACGAGGAAACAAAGGUGAUGAAGGAGCCCGUGGAAGACAGGGACCUCCAGGCCCCAGUGGUAACAAAGGUGAAGCAGGUAACCCUGGCCCCAAGGGACCUCAGGGGCUAUCAGGUUCAGCUGGUUCCCCUGGAAACAAGGGUGAUACAGGUGCUCGUGGAAAGCAAGGUCCCCCUGGCCCCAAGGGACCUCAGGGACCCUCAGGUUCAGCUGGUUUCCCUGGAAACAAGGGUGAUACAGGUGCUCGUGGAAGUCAAGGUCCCCCAGGUCCCAAGGGUGCUCCAGGAUCGUUUGGUCGUAAUUGGAAACAGUGCGUUUUUAAGAAGACAGAUGGAAGGGACUCCGGAUUGAUCAAGGUAAAGACUCAGUUUACAGCUAAAGAUACGUGAGGUUAGCCUAAAGCAAAUAAGAGAUUAACUCACGUCAGAUUUGAAAAUUCUAGUUUUGUCAGCUUUAUCAAGAAGAAUGAUUUGUAUCAACCACAGUAAGUCUGGAACUAGCCCAUGGCUACCUUCAAAUAAUAUUUCUUUGUUCAUUUUUUAACAUUUUAGUCCGACUGUUUUAAUUUUAGUUGCUCUUGUUUCUAAUUUUCAAAUGAUGAAUGAUGUUCCUAUUUAUAUUUUCACAGGAAUGUAUUUUCAAGAAAAUGUCAGACAACACAGCGCUACGUGUCUUCUGGACUGGCAAUCUUCGAAUCUAUAACUGUGACGACUGCUGCAGUCGAUGGUAUUUCACCUUUAACGGUGCAGAGUGUUCAGCUCCAGCAGCCAUUGAUGGUGGAGUGUAUAUGCAGUAUGGACGUGGCAGUAGGUCAAAGAAUUUACACCGCGUAAAUCACAUAGAAGGAGUCUGUGAGAAAAUCCACAAGGGCACAGUGCGUGUGGGAUUCUGGGUCGGCAAAUGUGCCGGUAAGAAAUCUGCUGAUGCUUACACAGGCUGGCCUGGAGUAUCCCGGAUCUACGUGGAAGAAAUACCUCCCCCACAGGCUUAA